AUGCCUCCUAAACGACCACCUCCUCUCCCCAAAAGCCUCUUCGCACCUCAAGGACCCCUCAGUCCAUCUUCAGCCCCUUUACCUCCUUCACCAUCUACUAUCCAUCCGGAAUUCAUCAUUGAUACUCACUCGUUCAUCAAGAAGAUCGAACCUACUCCUGAUCCGAUAUACGAUGGUCUCGACCCUUCUUUCCCCCGUCCUCCUGUUAGGAGUGCAGUACAGGUGAAAAUGGACGUAUCGGCCGAACCUGCCCAAGCUGUUCUCGGAGUAAAACCAUUCUCCAUCCACCCAACCAUCCUCAACCUCACUUUAGUGACUCCACCCAGUAUAACCAACAUUGCCAAAGGUGCCGUCGACAUCAUCGUACCUUCCACAUUCCCCUUAUCAGAGAAAGAAUGGGAUCUUUUGGAAGAAGCUGUGAAUGCACUGGAUGGAUGUUGGGGCAAACCGGAAGGUGGGGGGAGUACACCGGUAACGGGUGAGAAUGGGAAAGAACCUGGAAAGGUUGUUAUUUCCGGUAUUCUCCCUCCUCCACUGACCAAAACUUCUACCCCUCUCCUCAAUUCCGAAGCAUACAACCUCCAUCUCGCUCGACUUGCCAACCUCUCCUUGCACGCCAACGUAUAUCUCAAAGCCUUACCUCCCGUAGUGGACAUCGUCCAGGGCAAAGAGAGCGAGGGGAAAUGGUGGGAUGAUCGUAAAGAGCUGGAAAGGGUUUUGAGAAUGUAUAUCUCCCCUGCGAUCGAAGCGUUCGGUACCCAUCGUAUAAUCUUCGGUUCUACCCCUGCCUUACCUCUCGCCGACUUGACCAAAGUUUCCCCCAUUCCUGGCGAUUUGGAACAACCCAUAUCGAACGGUGAAUGGUAUUCCGUCUUGAGGAGGGUUAUAACCCAAUUGGGAGAAGGUAAAGAGGAGUUGACAGGUGUGAUGGGUGGUAAUGCCGCGAAAGUCUAUCGAUUGGCUCAUUAG